CCCGUGGACAAGCGCGAGGUCGUCCUCGUGCUCCAGCGCGCCUUCGACCUCGUCGUGGGCAUGACGGGCGACGGCGUCAACGACGCCGCGGCGCUCGCCCAGGCCCAGGUGGGCAUCGCCGUCGAGGGCGCGACGGACGCCGCGAAGAACGCGGCGGACAUCGUGCUCACGGCGCCGGGCCUCAGCGCCAUCUACGCCGCCGUCUACGAGUCGCGCCUCAUCUUUCGCCGCGUGCGGUCCUACGUGCUCUAC